ACUCGCGAAGGUUGCACAUUAUAAGUCAUCCUCUCGGUUACCGUGGUGGAAAAGGAAAAAAAGAAGGCUAUAAUCGUGUUGUCUCAGUGAAAAAAGUGCCGCUUCUCCUGAGCAUACUAACAUAGGUUACGUAAGUAUAAUUGUCGUAGGGUAGGAUGACUGAGUGCACUGAAACAUCUCCAAACUACGAGUCCCAGUUCGCGCACCGGUUUACUGAGGAGGAUGAAGCCUUUCAGCAGUAUGUCCUGCGCCCUCAGAGCCAGCCGCCCGUAGUAGAAGCCUGGCGACCACGCGGAGGAGGAUUUCAGCGAGGCAGAGACAACCGCUUCCAGGGCAGCAGACAGCAAGGUGGUCCAGAGUGGGAUGGAGGAUGGGACAGAGGCCGGGGCAGGGGGCGUGGCCAAGAGGGGGGGGGUUCCCAGCGAUGGACUCCACGUGGAGGGUAUCAUAACUCCUACAAUCAGAGAUCACACUAUGGCCGCUACUGAUCAGCUACUGGUUGUGGACAUGCCAAGCUGCUUUUUCUUAUUCUGUGAAAAGCUGUGCUCAGAUGAUCUGGCAUGUAUACAGCAUGGUAGUUGAGGGCUUAAUGACACUGGGACUGUGUUCAUGUUCUGAACUCCUGUAGUUCUCUGUAUUGAUUUAGAGAUGGAGCUAUAAUAUAGAAAUGCAGCACAGUGCAUCAUGUGGAAAUGGACUUGACGUGUGUUUCAACAAUGCAGCUAACUUUCAGUUGGGCCCUGUAAGAUAAAUCAUGGCUUAAUCUCUGAAGGGGUCAAGGAACAGAUCUGCAGAGGAGCAUCACCAUAGUGUAAGAUUUACAAUGUAAUUAAAAUAUUUUUGAAUAA